AUGGCCGCAUACGCUUCCCCAGCAGGGGACCCCCUCCAACUCAGCCUCCUCAAUUUAUCUCGCCUUUUCACCCGACUAGAGCACAACCUGCUUUCCCCGGCGACAGACCACAACACCCUCCGCCGAUCCGAGUACCAGCGCAUGCGCGUGAGCAAGAAUGUCGAUUAUGCCCGCACCCUCCUCACGCAGCUCGAGCGCUCGCUGCCUCAACUAAAACCGCCGGCCCGGAGACACGACGCUCAGUUGGAGAUAGCGCGGGAUCGGGCACUGCUGAAGCGCAUGCAGAGUGUAUUGGACGAGGCGGAGGAUCGCGCAGAAGAUGAAGACGAGGAUGAGGAAGAAUGGGGAACUUUAUUUUCUAAGCCUGUCGCGGAGAAGGUUGUUUCUUCGAUACCAUCGACAGGUCACCCAGAGCGGGUGCGGAUACACGAUCAAAGGGGAGGCGAGGAUGACGAAGACAUUGAAGAGGAGGUGGAAUCAGAAGGGGAUAUACCGGUUCCCGACACCACUGUCCUCCCAACAACUACAUCUACAACGGCUGCCCCUCCAACAGCAACACCCCCAACCUCCACCCUCCGCCACCGACAUAACACCUACGAGCCACCAUCAACAACAACAGCCGCAAAAGCAAAAGCAACAGGAGCGAGCAUCUCGUCCUCACGACCACCACCACCCGACAACCUCGCCACAGCAGAGCAAGAUCUUUCCUCAGCGCGCCUGGAACAAGAGGACCUAACGAGCUCGCUGCUCUCGCUGGCCGGCCAGCUCAAGGCAUCGUCAAAGUCCUUCCAGACAACGCUGGAAAGCGAAAAGUCGGUACUAGAUCGGGCAGUGCAGGGGAUUGACAAGACAAGUACGACGAUGGAGGCGGCGGGGAAGCGAAUGGGGAUGCUGCGGCGCAUGACGGAGGGAAAGGGGUGGUGGGGACGGAUGAUGCUGUAUGCGUGGAUCUUUGGGCUGUGGCUGGUGGCCGUGUUGAUUGUCUUUGUUGGACCGAAGUUGCGCUUUUAG